UGGAGAAACAUCAGUUGUAGUUAGAUCAUGUGUUCGGACCACAAAGGAUGUGGUAACAGUUUCAGACACUGAUAAUUAGCCACCACAGAAUGUGGAACGAAACGAUAUAGCACUUCCCUGAUGGCAGCAUAGAAAUUUUGAGUCAUGAGAGAUCCGAAGUCCAUAUAAGAUCUUCUGUAUGUGAAUGUCUGCCUUUCCCUUAAAGUAUAUUUAUGUAUUCUGUUAUUACGGAGAAAAGAAACGUUGCCGUGUCUUCAUGCUCAGUUAUGUGGUACCUGUCCAUUGUAUUUACCUACACAGUAUAUGGAACCCGUGGUUGUGUGAUAACCAGUCCAGACCAGAAGGUUAAUGCUGGGACAGAUGUCCAUUUGUCGUGUAAUUUCUGCCAAUGUCCCGGACCUCUGGACGUCAUGUCACUUAGUGUAGAGUGGGAAUUCAAGGGUAUCUCCUCUGAGCCAAAAAUAAUUAUCUACUACAUCAGAAAUCAAACUGUACCAGAUCGUGGUGUGGUUUUUCAGGGAGAUGUCGAAUUAGGGAGUUUUGAUAUACAUCUCCCAUCUGUGACCCGUGAGAACAACGGAACUUAUUUAUGUAGAUUGCGUCUCAAUGGCAUUUUUCACAAGAACCAGACACAGCUCACUGUGCAAUCAGCAUUGACCAGGAGAAACAGUCUAGAUGUUAAUCAUCUGCAGAAACAUCCUCCCUGGUUGCUCCCUCUGGCAUCUGUGGCAUCAGUGGCUGGGGUUGUGUUACUAACUGGUGCAGUGUUUUUGGGGAGGAAAGCUUACAGAACAACCCAGAGAGAAAACAACUCAAAGGAAAAUAUGGAAGAGGUUAAAACUAGCACUGACGGUGAAGACAAGGGAAUGAUAUGCAAGGUGGGAUUCAGCAUGCCUGACCUUGCAGACGUGAACAGUCCUCCCAGCAGUCCAGAUAACAUCUAUGUUACCAUGCAUGGUUUUCCAUUCGCUCCAGACGCUCCUGUAACAGCUGGACGCAACAGAUGUCUUCCCUCUGACUGGCAGCCGAAGGAUGAGGAACCUGUAUAUGAAGCUUAAAAGAUGAGCCACAGAAUAACUGAUUAAAUUAGUGAGAGUAAGUGUUAGGCAUUAUAUAGUCCCCAAACAGACUGGUUUGUUUAUUCUUUUUCAGUACUCAACAGAUGACUGUACAUUAUCUCUUAUAAUAAAUCUGUUUCUAAAAUAAAUAACCGUCUUUCCUCAUGCACCUCUUUCAUCAUCUACCAGAUGUCAACAGUGGUCAAUAUAGUUCAGUUGCACUUUAUUGUGAGCUUAAUAACCCCUCGACUUGUCCCUCUAUCUUCUCAGUGACUUCUCAUCAGCAUGAAAUUGCCACUUCUUCGGUCUCACUUUCUCUGAAGAGGCAAACUAAAUUCCCCUGCAGUGGAGAAGUGGUUUUGAGCAUUGCACACUUAAGUAUUCAUGCCAGCUGUCCUUUGAGAUUUGAGCAACCACAUACCAAGAUUUGUAUAAAUAGUAAUAAAACUAG